UGCAUUGCAACGGCCCAAGAUGGCUGCGCCCAGGGGUAGCGUGAGCGACAGCGAGAGCAGCGAGGACGGCGACGCUGAGGAGCUGCAGCGUUGUCAGGAGGCGGCCGUGCCGGCCUGGGGUUGGGGGCCGCGCCCGAAGCGGGAACAAGAGGUUUCAGCUCAGGACAUUUUGCCAGCCGCCAGACCAAGCCUCAGACAGAAGGUGGACGAGCAUGAGCAAGAUGGGAAUGAGCUGCAGACCACUCCAGAGUUCCGGGUUCACGUAGCCAAAAAGCUGGGAGCCUUGUUGGACAGCUAUAUCACCAUUUCGGAAUCCAGCCCCAGGCCUGCACAGGUUCCCGUGCAGACAGCCCCCGGGGAGGACGACGGUUUCCGCCUCUUCUUCACGUCCGUCCCAGGCAGCCCAAAAGGCGCAGGUCUUCCCACCACAAGCAGAAAGCGGCCUCCUUCCAGUUCCAGCAGUGAGUCUGACAGUGACGAGGAGUGGAGGAGGUGCCAGGAAGCUGCCGUGUCUGCGACAGACAUCCUCCGGCACAGAGCGUGGCCUGUCCAGGAGGCCCCCGCAGAGCAGCAGGCGCCCAAGAAGAAGAAAAAGAAGAAGCAGGAGCACAAGCAGGUCGAGCAGGAGAAGGACGCUGGUCCCAGGGUCACCACAGAGAAGCAACCUCGGCCCCCGUCCCUUCACAGGGAGCCAGAAGCAGGAGGGGUCCCGCACAACGGGGGCCACGCACAGCUCCCCACAAAGAGAAAGAAGAGAAGGAAGAAGCAACAGAAGGAAAGGGAGGCUCCGCCAUUCCCGGCACAGAAGGGCCAAGCAGCCAGGGCUGCCCAGUGACUCUCUUGGAGGGGCCACACCCAAGGGCUGGAGAGCUGCAGGGCUCCAGGGAGCCCUCCGGGCCCUCUGCUCCAGCCUCCCUUCUUACCCACCUUCUGUCCCUGCCAUGGGCGUGGCCUGCAGGAGCACCAGCCUGGCCUGGACGCUCGUACCAAACCACCAUCCACAUCAUGGGACUCCUCGGGGGCCCUUGGCCGCAUCAGGGUGGGAGCCUGAUAAAGCUCGAGGCCUGUGGCACCCUGGCACGCUCACCCCUGAUCAGCCCCUCCUCUGGCUCCUGUUCGGGUCACCCAAGAAGACUUGGAAAAGCCCUCCUUGUCCCUGAAGUCACCCCGGGCCUAACAGCUGGAGAGGCUCCAGACCUGGCCACAAUCGAGACAUCGUGCUCUCUUCCCCUCUCCACUCCCCAGCCCUGAGAGCCCUGAGGACUCAUUUAUUCGUUUUCUGAAAAAAGUACAGAAGUUUUCUGAAAACUUCGAGCUUCUCAUUUCUACACGUGUUUAACUCAGGGCUGCCCUGAAAGGUAGUGAGCUCCCUGUCACCAUAACUAUUCAAGCAGGAUCGUGGAACUUAAAGCUGCAGAGGGACUUUAGGAGUCAUCCAGUCUGAGCCCUCCCCCCGCCAUUUUACAUGUGUUAUUUCCACUGUGCUCUGCUGAGUGCUUCACGAAGGUGUUGUGGAGCGGCUCCCCUCUGACCUCUGAGCUUCUGUCCAGGCCCAAGAGUCAAAGUCUAUUUCUGGUUUCCUCCUAUUCCAUUUUUCUCCCCGUUGCCCUCCAUCUCCCCCAGCUUAAAAAUGUUGAAAGGGUAGUUUCCAAGGCUUAGAAGUUGUGGAGAUGUUGCGUCCCUAGGGUGACAAGAAAUGUUGAUAAAACCUUAACCUCGGUCAGGAGAGAGCAUCAAGUGCAGAACUAGGGAGGGCCCCAGUCAGCCAACAUCAAGGGCAGCAAGUGGCACGUUUUAGCCACCCAGAGACAUUCAGAAGCAAGCAGCCGGGGCAGUGAAGGGCCCCAAGGGCUUUUACCUAAGAGCGCUGGGGGAGAGGCUGGGGAUGUUCAUCUCAGAACAAUAUGAUGUGUAGGUAAUGCUCAGGCCUUGUGGGAAGGUCUAAAUUCAAAUCCAGCCUUAGACAAUUACUAGCUUUGUGACCCUGGGCAAGUUACUUCACCUUGUUUGCCUUCCAUGGUUGUGAGAAUCUGAUGAGAUAAUAUUUGUAAAGCACCUGGUACCUAGUAGGGGCUUAAUAAAUGCUUGUUUCCUUCCCAGGUACCUGGGAAGCCGGAGACCUGAAAUGAUCUCCCUCUUAGUCUGGCCCCU